AUGGCAACUGGUAUUCCGACGAAACUGAAAGCCGCGGAUAUCACCCGCUUUGUCACUCGAGCGUCGCAGCUCGAGAAAUUGAAGCCGGUGAUUGCAUAUUGGUGCAAUUAUUGGACUGUGAACCAAAUACUAUCAAAGGGACUCCACAAUACAGAUGGCGAAUGCCUAAAAUACACGACAGAUCUUAUGGAUAAGUUAGAGAAGUUCAAAUCCGAACACGCUGAUGAUGAUACCGUCAUCGAUGACGCUGCUGGACAGGCUUAUGUGGAGCAAUUUGGGUUGGAAACUUUCCAGCGGGCUGACAACGCUGUCCGGGCCAAUAAAGCUUCAUUACAAACUGCGGAUACGUUCCAAGCUGCGGCCACAUUCCUAGAGCUAUGCCAGAUAUGGGGUCCGAUAGAUCCAGAAACAGCUACCAAGAUUAAAUUUGCAAAAUAUCACGCUUUGCGCAUUGCCAAAGCGCUUAAGGCAGGGGAGGAUCCGAAUUUAUCGAAUCCGUCGAUGGAGGAGGAGGAGGAAAACUUACGAGACGGGCCCACCUUGGACCCCAAUGAUCCUGAAGUUCAAGCGCUAAAUGGGAGCCCAUCACAAUCGGUGCCAGAAGUCAAACUACGACAACCGUCCGUAGAAGAUGUCCCGGAUGAGUUUGACAGCGAGGAGCGAAGAUUAGCACAACAGUCGCUCCUAAACGAAUCCCUCCACCCCUCCAGAGUCUCAUCUGUUCCCCCCACACGACGAGCUGAAUUAGGCAAUAUCACAGCUGCAUCUAGUACGGGCCUUCCAAGCCCACCCACGUACUCAGCUGGUAUGGUAGACCUAAGCUCUGAUCCGCGCCAGUUCCCUUCAAAUCUCUCUCAAGCAUUGGUUCCUGACCUCCCAGCAGCCCCCUCCGAUUUCCCCUCCCCUGCCUCGAGCGCUCAAGAUCUAUCUUCCCCAGGGCCAGGUCAGCCUUCAGAGCGCAGGACAUCCCUUAGCACCUUCCAAUCCUUCCCGGUGCCAACCAUACAGCCGGGAGAACCCGCAACGGCCGACCUCCAGGGGUCUGCAGGAAGUCGCACGCCUCCUCCUCCAGCACUUGAAGGAUGGACUCGACCUUCCCCGCCCACCGCCACACCACCAACCAGCAUCCAGCCUACCAAGCCCGUUCACAGUAUAAGCUCGUAUCCCAACCCGCUACCAAGCCAGGGGGUUGUUGAUGAGGAUUCGAUCGCGACCGCCCAAAAACACGCGCGGUGGGCCGUGUCAGCAUUGAAUUUUGAUGAUGUCCCGACUGCUAUUAAAGAGUUGAAAAAUGCCCUGAGUAAGCUAGGGGCUCAAUGAAUUUUUUGUUUUCUUGUUACAUUUUAACUACCAUUGCUUUGAUGUUUUUGUUUGCAUUACGUGACGUCUUUUCACUACCCUUUCGUUCCAGCAUUGUACUGUUUUUUUUUUUUUUUUUUCAUUUAUUAUUUUUGUAGCAGAGGUUUGCACGAGGAAUGAUGAAAUUUUACGGCUGGGAAUUUUUGCCUUUUAGUUUUAUUUUGCGAUGAGGAAAAGUAUGAUGCCAAUCAAUCCUCUCCUUUUUCUGUCCUUUUCCUUUUUUCUGUUUAUUUUGGUGUCGAUGUUAUUUUUAUCGUCGGCAUCUUCGGAAAUUUUGUCAGAUUGGAGAUAAAAAAAAGGAGGGGGGAAGAGGGGGAAAGCUAAACAUUCCGCAGCUUCUAUAUAGCACAAAUCAUUUUCUUGUUGGGACCCUUUUGCUUAUUCCUUCUGUUUGAAUGGAUAUAUGCUUUGUUGGUUUACCAUCUACGGGCUUCUAUGUCCAAUAUCAGAUACAUUCCUAAAGGGGUUUCUGAGAAGAUGCUUCGCUCACUUUUGCAUUCGCGGUAGUUGAUUCCGUUAUUAUUUAUUAUUGAACUUGCGGAGGAAGGAAAAAAAA